AUGCGAUUUUGUACGAACAAAACGCUCGAGGAGGCGGGCUUUCGGUCGUCGCUGCUUCUCCAUCUCCUGUCAUCACGCCGCAUCUUUGAUCGGUCCUGAGGACGCGGGCCAUUUAACAAACUAGAUUAACCGACUAGUUAGGCGAGUGGUUGACGGCAGAUGACGAUCAGAUGGCUAAGGCGAAUGGGCGGGGCCUUCGGGGCAUCUUUCCUCUGGCUCGUAUCACUGAUCUAUUUUACUCAGGGUUUCCGAUCCUUUGUGUGGACAGCUGUUUCCUAUCAGUUGAAAGAUGUACUCAAAUUGUCGCCCUCAGCUUCUCAGUUUAUGUUUUCAAUUGCAUUUUUCCCUUGGAGUAUAAAACCGGUUUAUGGCAUUCUAUCAGACUGCAUUCCAAUUAAUGGGUGUAAACGAAAACCAUAUUUGGUCAUAGCUACCGUACUUUCUCUUUUACCAUGGCCUGUUCUAGGUCUGACAUCUUCCCUUAGGAAUUCACAUAAUUUCUUGACUGCUUUGUUGACGGUGCAAAACUUGGGAUCUGCUAUGGCAGAUGUAGUUAUUGAUGCAAUGGUUGCAGAGGCAGUUCGAUCUGAAAGAGCAGAAUUUGCUGGUGAUCUCCAAUCAUUGUCUUGGUUAAUGAUGGCCGUGGGAGGAAUAUGUGGGAACUUGUUAGGUGGCUAUGCGCUUUCUAGUUUAAGAAUAAACGCCAUCUUUCUUCUUUUUUCUGUACUUCCAAGUAUUCAGCUUCUAUCAUGUGCCUUCAUCAAGGAGGUUUCUUCAGAAAUUCCAGACAUUAAAGACCUAAAAAACAGCCAUGGACGGGAGAAUUUAUGCAUUAGUUCAGAAACUUCUCUUGUUGAUGCAUCAAAAUCUGAGACUUUAAGGAGGCGGAAGAAUGAGCAUAAUCAUGAUAAGAAUAAGCUCACAUACAAUGAAGAUGAAGAUUUGAAAGAACAAGAGUCAUUAGUAAGUUGCUAUCAAUCUAUAAGAUCGGCUAUUUCUAGUUUGUGCCGUGCAUUCAAGAAGCCUCUUAUCCUAAGACCUAUGGCAUGGUUUUUCUUUUCACAUGUUACAGUUCCAAACCUUUCAACAGUUAUGUUCUAUUAUCAGACUGAGGUGUUGCAUCUGGGAGCAUCAUUUCUGGGGGCAUCACGUGUCAUUGGCUGGUUUGGCCUAAUGAUUGGAACAUAUAUUUAUAAUCAACAUUUGAAGCGGAUGAAACUGCGGAAAAUUCUCAUGCUGGCGCAUAUUGGUCUGGGAGCUGUUAACUUACUGGACAUUGUUCUAGUGUCUGGAUUAAACACUCGGUUAUCCAUUCCUGAUAAAUACAUGGUGCUUGGUUCAGCAGUUUCUGAUGCAAUUAAUCAAUUCAAGUUCAUGCCGUUUCUAAUCCUUUCUGGACAGUUAUGCCCUCCUGGUAUUGAAGGGACAUUGUUUGCUCUUUUUAUGUCCAUAAACAAUCUUGGCUCCUCAGUGGGCUCGUUCUAUGGAGCUGCUCUUGCUUCCCUUUUGGAUGUUUCUUAUAGUUCUUUUCAUAAUCUUCUCUAUGGUCUGCUCAUUCAACUAUUCUCCACCUUCAUUCCUAUUGGAUUGUUGUUUUUGAUUCCAAAGGAAGCCACAGGUUUAGCAUCAUAGAAAUUGUAGUUAAAGUGCCACCGCCUCUUUCUGCCCGUCACUCCAUGUUUUUUAGAUAGAGAAAAAUGAUUAGUAUUUGAAUACUUAAAUGUGACCCUUUUUCUUUUCUUUUUUUUUAUACACAAAAAGGGAUUGAUUAUUUCAUAUUUCAACAGGAUGAGAGCAUGGUCACAUCUCGAAAUUAGAGUUUUCUUCACCAAUGUCUGAUACAGGAAAAUA